CGACGUCUGCCGAUCUACCGGAAGACGCCACCAAAACAACUUCACGGCGUUUUCCUCAUCGCCGCAGCAGGUGGGCUUUGUGUCGGUUUCACGCUUCCCACUUUGAAGCUUCUCAGACGAAAACUACGCAGCGCUGACGUUACAAAGGAUCUACUCAGCCUCCACCACCACCACCAACCAACCAUGAGCGCCCAACAACAACAACAACCACCACCUCAACCGCCACCCUCCCAACAACAACAACAACACCAACAACACCAACAACACCGCCACCACCACCGCCGCCGCGAGGGCCCGGCGUUCCUGAGCGACGCGGCGGUCCGGAGCAACGCGGCCCUGCUCGACUACUGCCGCACGGCCGGGGCCGCCCUCGCGGGCUCGUCGGCCGGGGUGCUGGGCCUGACGGGGGUGCGAGGCCUCGCCUUCUACGCGCUCGCCGCCGGCGGCCUGGCCCUCGCCCUCGUCGCCAAGGCCGGCAGCGACUGGCGGAGGGCGGCCCGCUCCCGGCGGGCCAUCGCCACGGGAGGAUUCGUCUCGGGCCUGUUCACCUACGUGCUGUUCUGGACCUUCCUCUACGGAAUGGUGCACGUGUACUGAGCGUGGGGUGGGCGUGGCGUGGCGUGGGGUUGG